UGCUGUGAGGAGACGAUCGCAGCAGCGAGGAGGAGGAGGAGGCUUUUCAGAGCAAGAAGGGAGAACGGAAGACUGCGCGGUUCUCCCCUUAAUAUGAACGCUCUUUUAUCCUGAUGCAGCGACGCGGGAGGACAUGCAGUCAAAGCUGAUGUUGCGACGCGCGGGGUGCUGAUACAAAUUCCUGCAAUUUUACGAAAAAUAGCAUUUUUUUGUCGAUUAAAGAAGCGUCGCUUGCGAAGGCCUGGGUAUUUUGUAAUAAUUACUGCAGGGUGACAGAAUUUAUUUCCUUGCCCGCUGAGUGUUACGUAAUAGAGGCUGUAUCUGUCCAAGGUGCUGAACUGAACGGCCGAAGCCUAAAACGAGACAAGCUGAGGGGAAUUCUCAACCUUGCAAGGUCAAAGGCCUGUCAGUCGCGAGGAGUUAAGGACCCCCAUCUUCCUGGAUCAGACGGGAAGCUAACUCGUUUUUAUUCCCGUUUCUUUUUAAUUUUCCCCACUGGUGAAAUAUUUGGGAGCAGACUGAUUUCCCGGAGAGAAAAUGUCGGGGCAGACGCUCACGGAUCGCAUUGCCGCUGCGCAGUACCAGCUAACGGGAUCGGACAUGGCCCGGGCUGUCUGCAAAGCCACCACUCAUGAAGUGAUGGCGCCCAAGAAAAAGCACCUGGAAUACUUGGUGUCAGCCACCAACACCACCAAUGUAAACAUCCCUCAGAUGGCUGACACACUGUUUGAACGAUCCACCAACGCCAGCUGGGUGGUCGUCUUCAAGGCUCUCACCACCACUCAUCACAUAUGUGUCCACGGCAAUGAGAGGUUCAUUCAGUACCUGGCGUCCAGGACCUCCCUGUUUAACCUCAGCAAUUUCAUUGACAAAACCGGCUCUCAUGGCUAUGACAUGUCUACAUUCAUCAGGCGGUAUGCAAGGUACCUGAACGAGAAAGCCUUUGCCUACCGCCAGAUGGCUUUUGACUUCACCAGAGUCAAGAAAGGCGCCGAGGGAGUGAUGAGAACAUUGGCCACUGAGAAGCUGCUGAAAGGCAUGCCCGUUCUGCAGACUCAGAUCGACACCCUCCUGGAGUUUGAUGUUCAUCCCAAGGAGCUGAACAACGGGAUCAUCAAUGCUGCCUUCUUGCUUCUCUUCAAAGAUCUGGUCAAACUGUUUGCUUCCUACAAUGAUGGAAUCAUCAAUCUGUUAGAAAAAUUCUUCAAGAUGAAAAAAAGUGACUGUAAGGAGGCCUUGGAGAUUUACAAGAGGUUUCUGACCAGGGUGACGAAAAUCGGUGAAUUCAUGAAGCUAGCUGAGACAGUUGGAGUUGACAAAAAUGACAUUCCUGACAUCAACUACGCUCCCAGCAGCAUCCUGGAGUCUCUGGAAACACACAUGAAUGGUCUGGAAGACGUAAAAGGUGGAAAGAAGGGGUCUCCAACGAAGGGAUCUCCAACAAACAACGUGUCUCCAACGUCAACUCCUGCCAAAUCUUCAAACGCUGUUCCCACACUGCAGCCUCCUCCUGGGGAGAGUGCCGCUGCUGCCCCUGAACCAGCUGAAGAUUCUCUGUUGGAUCUGGAUCCUCUCGCCUCUACUGGUCCUGCUGCAACAUCUGCUGCCCCGACAUCUUGGGGAGAUCUUCUCGGAUCAGAAAUGGGCGAUUCCUUGCUAUCUGAACCCCCACUCACCGUAGAGCCCGCCCCCUCCUCUGCAGCAGCAACGCCCACUCCUGCAGCGACAGAACCCGGAGUCUCUCUAGCUCCUCCCACUAGCACAGCAGCUGCCACUUCCACUGGUGCCGCCAAUAUGGAUCUUUUGGGAGGUCAGUGGGCUUCCAGAAAAUUCUCUACUAAGGAUUCACUCUGGAAAGCUCAACCUUUAAAACCACCUCACAGCACGACAACACAGAUGAUCGCACUCAGAUACACAAAGAAGGAAAAAUGUCAACAGCAGUUGCACAUGCCACCCAUUUUCUCCUCUCAAUUGUCUCAAACGUGUAAUUACUCACUGAUCACCUGUAAAUGGACAAUAGAGAGCUAAUUAUGGCAGUCAGGUGUCAUCAUUUGCUAAAGUAUGUAAGGGCAACUGAGAAAAGAAAAUUGUAAAAAGGAAGUGUGGAGGGGAAAGUCGAAAUGUCAAGGAAAAAUGUAAGAAGUAAAAAGUAGGGAAUUUUCUGGGAAACGAAGCACAGUCCUGAGCACAGUUAAAACUACCUUUAAUCCUUCACAAUAAGAGUCUCAAAUGUACCCACUUGCAUCUGAAGCUUUUAGAAAUAGUUUAUAAUGACUUUUCCAUGGUAAAAUUCAGAUCAUUAUAGUAAGUUUUAGAUCCAAUCAGCUAUGUUUGAGACUUGUAUUAUUAAGAAACCUGUUAAGAUCACAGCUUGUAAUCAAUAAAAUGCCAAAUUUUUAUUGUUUGUGUAGAAAAAACAAACCCAGAACCACAUAUUUGACAUUGUUAACUAUUUUUCCUAAAGAUGUAUUUUAAUUUUUUCUUGACAUUAAAUUUCAUCCUCAUUCUUUCUCUUCUCAGUGACACUAGAUCUUCAACACGGUAAUUUAGUUCAAUUGUGAUUUUAAAAUAGCGACUUUAGAGACAUCUCAAUUGAAAUUAAUGAAUUAAAUCAACUUACUUCGAAAUUAAAGGACAACCAUGAAAAAGCUACAUCAAACAAUUACUUAAAGUCAUUUUCACAUUAUAUAAAAAGAUGUUUUUUUAAAUAUUAAGUAACUAUUUAUGAUUAUUCCAUUGCUUUCAAACACACUGAGACUUUCUUCAUUUCUGAUUUUUUUCAUCCAAUGUGGUAGACUUGAUUGUAAUCUUUUUAAAAUGGUCCUAAAUGAAACUUUGUUAAUAUUUGGAAAUGUUUGUUGGAAUAUUUGCAUAUCUGUCCAGGUUAGCUGCUUUUUUUUAACUUGUUUUUGGUUCAGAUCCUUUAUGUUUAUUAAGUCCCUUCACUUUGACUUAUGAAUUAUUCACACAUGAGAGAGAACCAGUGUUUUAAAUUAGCCUUUAAGGCUAAUGGGCUCGACACACGGGAGGCGACAUCGCCUCUCCUCCUUUCAUUUUCAAUGAGACAUGCGCGACAAAGCGAUAAUCGCGGGUCUCCCUCCUACUAAGCGAAACGCGACAAACGUGCGUGUAAAAUUUUGCGCUUGUGCACGUGUCGUGCACAGGCGACCCAGCGACACGAUCCCAGAAAGUUGAAACAUUUUCAACUUUUCAUCACUGUCGCUCGGACGAGGACCAAUCAACGGAGGUUUCAUUCACUGACCAAUGAGCGGACAGGAUGCUCCGUACAUCUCCGAGCAAUCAUGGAGGAGAAGUUGAUUAUUGUUAUGUUUUAUAGUAAAAUCAGAAGUAAGAUUUCACAUAACUCUAGCAGCACCUUGUGAAACAUCAUAUCUACCGCUUUAUUAACUCUGAACCGCUUAAAUAACCUUAAUUCCCUCCAACCUGACACAGCCAAACAAAACAACGGAAGAUUCGAUUUCGCCGUGGAAAGGAAUGCGUAGACGGCUUUGCCGCUGGCCGCUGCCUCGUGUCGCCUCCCGUGUGUCAGGUAAGCGACAGCGACGAAUUUUGCUGAUCGCGGUCGUUUGUCGCCUCCCGUGUGUCGAAAUUUAUUUUUUGUAUUAAAACAUUUUUUGUAACUUUUGCUAAAAGACAUCGACCACAUGUUUUUGCCAGUUUCCUUCCACAUUUUAAGCAGAUGUUGCACAAAAUCCAUAGUUGGGUAUUAAAGUCAAAAUGAUAAAGUCAGAAAGCCUGACGAGAAACCGAUUAAGACUCCUUUAAAAAGAUUACUAGAAAGUCGGGCUGCUUGAAAGUAAACAACAACAAAGAAAUCAGGAGGUUUAAACUGCAUGAUACAUUCUUAAAACCACCGUUUAUUUUCUGAUCCUCGCACACAUUUAGCUUGAAAUUCACCUCAGAGUUGCACAACACUGCACGGUUCAGCGCUGGCUAACAUAUAAACAUGGUGCUUCCUUCAUUUCUCCACAUGCUUGUUGUUUGAUCGGUUGGCAUGCUUUUCCUUGACCUCUGCGAAAAGCAUUGAUACCAAACGCCGUGACAUAGCCACGCCUACAGAUGGCUGCUGCAACAUUUGCAGAUAACUGGCUCACUCAGCUCUUUGUGCUUUAGAUGAAUCCUUGCUGUUUAGUGCCUCCUGUCUGUGACAUUUGUCCACUCACCUGUCAGUCGCUGAUGGAUUUUACAGUC